AGCUCGACCAAUCAUCAACGCGAAUGCCGUAAAGCGUUUUUCCGGCAUUGGGAAUCCACCCUGAAUCCACCCAGCCUGCUCGAGGCGACCAUGGCGCAAGAUUUGAAAGAUUGCAGGGUGUCUUGCAAACUUUCAUGGGAGGACCUCCAGUCUUUGUGCCGCAGAAAAAGACUUGUUUGCAAACAGCUGAGUGUGACAAAGAACAACUUUAAUGACUAUGAAGUGGAGUAUCUGUGUAACUACAAAAAACACAAGGGUCGAGAGUUCUUCCUGGUCAAGUGGAAAGGCUACACGGAGUCAGAAAACACAUGGGAGCCUCUCAAAAAUCUUAAAUGCUCCAAACUCUUACACCAAUUCCGACAAGACAUGAAGACGGCUCUGCUUCAGGCCAACGAACCGCUUGAUUCAGAGUCUUUAAAUGCCCCUAUUGUCUCCUUCCUUCUCCAAAGGGCCAAGCAACGUAAGAAGCUUCAGAACUGGGAAUACCUCAUGAACCAGACCUGCAAGCAGAAAGGCCACAUAUUCGUCUGCAAUGAGGUUGACCUGGACGGGCCUCCAAAGAACUUCACCUACAUUAAUGAGAAUAAGUUAGGGAAAGGAGUGAAUGUGAAUCCAGUGGUAGUGGGCUGUGAGUGUGAUGAUUGCUUCUCUCAGCCGGUUGAUGGCUGCUGUCCAGGGCUGCUGAAGCAUCGGAAGGCAUAUAAUGGCAGCAGACAGGUGAAAGUGAUGCCCGGCGUGCCGAUCUACGAGUGUAACUCCAAGUGCAGAUGUGGGCCAGACUGUGUGAACAGGGUUGUGCAAAAAGGUAUUCAGUAUGAUCUAUGCAUCUUUAAAACGGCCAAUGGCAGAGGUUGGGGAGUGCGGGCGCUGCAGAGGAUUUACAAAAACAGCUUUGUUAUGGAGUAUCUUGGAGAGAUCAUCUCGACAGAGGAAGCAGAGAGGAGAGGAGUGGUGUACGAUAAGCUGGGCGUCACCUACCUGUUUGAUCUGGACUAUGUGGAUGACGUCUACACCAUCGACGCGGCUCAUUAUGGAAACAUUUCUCACUUCGUCAACCACAGCUGCGAUCCAAACCUGCAGGUGUAUAAUGUUUUUAUUGACAACUUGGAUGAGCGCCUUCCCAGAAUUGCAUUCUUUGCCAAACGAGGGAUCAAAGCAGGAGAAGAGCUCACCUUUGACUACAAGAUGACUGUUGAGCCAAUAAAUGAAGAGAGUUCCAAAAUGGACACAGAAUUCAGUUGGGCUGGAAUUAAAGGAUCACCCAUCAAACGAAUCCAUGUGGAGUGCAAGUGUGGAGUAAAGAACUGCCGCAAAUAUCUGUUUUAAUUCAGCUCACACACAAUCAUGUGUACCAUCACAGGCAUCAAAACACAUGUGAAGAUCAUAUUUCAUCAAAUUAUUAUUUUUUUUCGUAUAAGUUUAUUUAUUACUUUACAUGUGUGUGUGUGUAAAUACACACACACUUUAUAUAGUUUUAAAUUUUUUAUGUGUGAUGCUUGGUGGCAUUUAUUAAUUCCGUUAAUUAAUUCAAUCCAUUUUCAGCACUUUUUUUAAUAAAAUAACUUUU